GUUUGCCAAGCCAUAGAACAGGCAAGCUUCAAAGAAUUCGACACGCCCAAGAUGAAGCUCACCUCGUCCCUCGCUGUCCUGGCCGCUGCCGGCGCCCAGGCUCACUAUACCUUCCCUAGGGCCGGCACUGGUGGUUCGCUCUCUGGCGAGUGGGAGGUGGUCCGCAUGACCGAGAACCAUUACUCGCACGGCCCGGUCACCGAUGUCACCAGCCCCGAGAUGACCUGCUAUCAGUCCGGCGUGCAGGGUGCGCCCCAGACCGUCCAGGUCAAGGCGGGCUCCCAAUUCACCUUCAGCGUGGAUCCCUCCAUCGGCCACCCCGGCCCUCUCCAGUUCUACAUGGCUAAGGUGCCGUCGGGCCAGACGGCCGCCACCUUUGACGGCACGGGAGCCGUGUGGUUCAAGAUCUACCAAGACGGCCCGAACGGCCUCGGCACCGACAGCAUUACCUGGCCCAGCGCCGGCAAAACCGAGGUCUCGGUCACCAUCCCCAGCUGCAUCGAGGAUGGCGAGUACCUGCUCCGGGUCGAGCACAUCGCGCUCCACAGCGCCAGCAGCGUGGGCGGCGCCCAGUUCUACAUCGCCUGCGCCCAGCUCUCCGUCACCGGCGGCUCCGGCACCCUCAACACGGGCUCGCUCGUCUCCCUGCCCGGCGCCUACAAGGCCACCGACCCGGGCAUCCUCUUCCAGCUCUACUGGCCCAUCCCGACCGAGUACAUCAACCCCGGCCCGGCCCCCGUCUCUUGCUAAGCGGACGGCUCGCUCGGUGGGUUUCAUGAUGGUAUCAGGUGCGGGACUCGGGGUUAAAGUGAGAGAGAGAGCAAGUCAGGUGAAGAUGGCAGGGAGGGGAAAGGGGUGCAGGAGGGAAGAAUGGAUCGAGCCCCUGAGAGGUGGCUCACUAUUAUCGUUCGGUUGUAUAUAUUGUGUCUUUGAAGGACGAUGUAAAUAUGGGAUUGAAUGACAUGCGACAAACUCCAGUCUAUCUGCGUCG